AGCAGCAGCUCACGCACCACCUACAGCUUGCUUUUAAAGCAAAUAUUUUAAUAAAAUCACUUUGCACCAUUACGCUUACAUUUAAGAAUACAGAAGUUCAGGACUUGGUGAGAGGAGCAGAAGUUUGCCCGGCAGAAGCUGCCCUGAAUCAGAGUUCUACAUCCACCAUGUUACCCUGUGGACCAGCUCUGUCAUUUGUCCGGUGUCUGGUGCGGAAGAAGAACAUCAGUGGUGAAAGUCUUGAAGACUCCAAGUUGUGCCGAUGCUUGUCUACUGUGGACCUUAUAGCACUGGGAGUAGGAAGUACUCUUGGUGCUGGUGUUUAUGUCCUUGCUGGAGAAGUAGCCAAAUCUGAUUCUGGACCUAGCAUUGUUCUUUCUUUCCUCAUUGCUGCCUUGGCAUCCGUGAUGGCAGGUCUUUGCUAUGCCGAGUUUGGUGCUCGUGUCCCCAAGACUGGUUCUGCGUAUUUGUAUACUUAUGUAACUGUUGGUGAACUAUGGGCUUUUAUCACUGGUUGGAAUCUCAUUUUAUCAUAUAUUAUAGGUACAUCAAGUGUAGCAAGAGCGUGGAGUGGCACCUUUGAUGAACUUCUUGGAAAACAGAUCGGUCGUUUCUUCAGCACCUACUUCAAAAUGAAUUACUCCGGCCUAGCAGAGUAUCCUGACUUCUUUGCUGUAUUCCUUAUAUUGCUUUUAUCAGGUCUUUUAUCUUUUGGAGUAAAAGAAUCUGCGUGGGUGAAUAAAAUUUUCACUGCUAUUAACAUCUUGGUCCUCCUCUUUGUUAUGAUUUCUGGUUUUGUGAAAGGAGAUGCUGACAACUGGAAAAUAAGUGGAGAAUAUCUCAUAAACCUUACUGCAAUAACAGAGAAUCGCUCAUUCUAUGAGAAUGUGACAAGCAUAUAUGGGAGUGGUGGUUUUAUGCCAUAUGGCUUUACAGGAACAUUGGCUGGUGCUGCAACCUGUUUUUAUGCUUUUGUAGGAUUUGACUGCAUUGCAACAACUGGAGAGGAGGUCAAGAAUCCUCAGAAAGCCAUACCCAUAGGAAUUGUGGUGUCCUUGCUUGUCUGCUUCAUGGCCUAUUUUGGGGUUUCAGCUGCACUGACUCUUAUGAUGCCGUACUAUUUACUAGAUGAGAAAAGUCCUCUGCCAGUAGCAUUUGAAUAUGUUGGAUGGGGUCCUGCAAAAUAUGUUGUAGCGGUGGGAUCUCUCUGUGCUUUGUCCACAAGUCUUCUUGGAUCCAUUUUCCCAAUGCCACGUGUAAUCUAUGCUAUGGCGAAGGAUGGCUUGCUUUUCAAAUGUCUAGCUCAAAUCAAUUCCAAAACGAAGACCCCACUAGUUGCUACUCUAUCGUCUGGUGCAGUAGCAGCUAUAAUGGCAUUUCUUUUUGACCUAAAGGCUUUAGUGGACAUGAUGUCUAUUGGUACACUUCUUGCUUACUCACUUGUGGCAGCCUGUGUCCUCAUUCUUAGGUACCAACCCACUUUAACCUAUAAGCAACCAAAAUAUUCUACAGAAAAAGCAGCUUUGGCUGUGUCAGAAAGGGAAUCUAUAGUAAGUGAAUCACAGAUAACUAUGAUGCAAGAGAAUCACUUCAGUCUUCAGACCCUGAUUAAUCCAUCCAGCCUACCUACAGAGCAGACUGCAACUACUGUUAGCUUUUUAGUGGGUCUAUUAGCUUUCUUGGUUUGUGGCUUAAGUGUUCUCACCACAUACGGGACUCAUUUCAUUGCUAACUUGGAGCCCUGGAGUACUGGCCUUCUUGCUGCGUUGGUGGCGCUCUUCAUAGUUACCAUUCUCCUCAUCCGAAGGCAGCCUCAGAACCAGCAGAGAGUGGCCUUUAUGGUUCCACUGUUGCCAUUUUUGCCAUCAUUCAGUAUUCUGGUGAACAUUUACUUGAUGGUACAAUUAAGUGGAGACACUUGGAUCAGAUUUAGCUUCUGGAUGACACUUGGCUUCCUUAUUUAUUUUGCUUAUGGCAUCAGGCACAGUCUUGAAGGCCAUCCUAGAGUUGGAGAUGAAGAUUCUUGUUCAGAAAACAGUGGGAUGCAAGAAAAGAACCCCGUGGAAGAAGACAAUGAACAUGAAAAUGCAAAUGAAAAUGAUCAAUUUCUUACACAUGAGAGGACAAGUGAAUGUUAAUCUAUGCAAACAUACAAGUCUUUUAAACAGUAAACUGACAAUAUACUUGCUGACUGAACUUUCAAAAGCUUCACCAGCCAACGUUGUGCCUCUUGAAAGUGUUUACCACAAAGCAUGGCUGAUAUUUUGGACAAGCUGCUGAUCUGUUUUCAUCGUUUCAGAACUGGUAGCAUGAAGAGUAAUAUUUAAAUUAAAAAACAAACAAGAAAAGUACCCUUUGGCAUGCAAAACUUUGGAUGCGUUGUUUGAACCAUCAUACAAAAUCACUGGCAAUCACAAAAUAUGAAGAAUUGUAGAGCUGCCUGCCAGGAGUUCUCAACGUUCUACACUGCCCCGUGAACACAAGUGCCUUUCAUAUGUUUGCCUUUUCUCUCUUAAGUGUUUUGGUCACAGUCUGAUGGUGUCUGAAAUAACAAAGCAACUAGCUCACUGAGCAUUAAAAUACCUAGUGUUUUCUAGGUAACUAAUUCUAAUGGGAGAUAAAUUGCAAAAUAGGUCUGGACAGUAUUUUGCAAAAUAAAUGGUAAUUGAACAGAUCUGAUUCUAUGCAAAAAGCAGAUAUUUUAAAUAUUUUUAUAUAGAAAUGGUAAAUAAAUGGUUGCUUACCCUUACUACGCUCAUGGAGAACUCAAAUAGUGAAGCUACGUUAAAGGCUUUUUGUCUCUCUAAACAGUAAUCAAGAUUGUUACUUCUAUCUUAUGUGAAUUUCUUUCCUUCCAGUGUUGUUGUGUAUACAAAAUAAUACUCCCAGGAGGACUUGCAUCGUUUUCUCCAAAAGCACCUGGGAAAUAAUCUGUUGGUCACAAUGCUGACAGUGACAUGCUUAUGUGAUUUAGCAAGUGUUCUGCAACUGGUUUCAGAAGGGCCCAGAUUUCAUCCCUGACUACAUAAUUUGGUACUUACAUACAGCAGCCAUCAGGUUUUCCUCCUUACUCCCCCCAUGCUUUCUUCUCCUUUAUCAUGUGCUGAGGUUUUUACUUCUGAGACUGGUCAUUACACAUUGCUUCUCCUCAGAAAAAUUAAUGCAUAAAAUCCCAGCCUUCUAUUCAGGUAGAAGGGGAGGUGAAACAGAGGCUUAGGCAUUGGAAAGAGUCUUCUUUAAAACAGUAUUUCAGUGCUUUAACAUAUGUUAGCAGUUGUUUGUGAUCCAACUCUAAAUCCACAAACCCAUUCACGUGGGUAGGAUGUUCAAAAGCUAACUUAGGUAAAGAACCAAAUUGUUACAGUAGUGUUGGGUGAACAAGUAUUUUAAACCUAGUGAAAACUGACAGUGCUUUUCUCAACAUGAAAAUCAUAUUACCUAUCAAAGACACAUAGGUAUUUUAACACUUUUUCUCAGCAAAUAGUAGGCUUAAUACCUUGAAGGAUUCCACAGUAUAGGGUUAUUUUGCAAGAAUGCAUUUAUAAAAAUAACUUCCCUAAAGUAAGAAAGAACGAUCUUGAACUUUGUCAUGGAGAGUUGCAGUCUGAAGCAUAAUACUGCUGGUAUUAAUCAGCGUCAUUAAUCUUUGUUGUUAGCUAUUAAAAACUUCAUAUCCUGUGAGAGCUAUGUUGGUCAAUAGUAAAAAGCACCUUAUUUUUUAUAAUAUCUGGAAUUUUACAAAAAAAAAAAAAAAAAAAAAGAAGAAGAAAGAAACUGGUUAAGCUAUUCCUGUCUCUCUUGCUUUCUGUCUUUUUGAUAGUAGUCGAUUCAGGCAAUUUUUAAUCUAAAAGUGAGUUCUGUUGUUGCAAGAGAGUAACAUGCAUACAUUUUGAAGGGCAGAAAGAUAAGUGCUUUUUGAUAGAGACCCUAACAAUGUCCUUAUGGGGUCACAGAGUGGAACAGGUUUGUCAUUUUCAGCCUGAUCUCUUGCUUUUCAGUCUGAAUUGGGAUGAGAGCAUUUUGCGCUGCUGAGAAGACCAAGAGGGAGAUUUAUGCUGUUGCACUAGUGGCCUCUACUGGCUACGCAAAAGUAGCAAUCUGAAAAGAAUUGCACUACUGCUUCUCUUGGGCAUAAUCUUGGUUUUAUGGUAAUUCAGAGAGAAUAUCCAGAAAACAUUUGCAAAGAGACCAAAGCAGGGCAUUUGUGGUUCCCUUGUUUCUCUAAGGAAGUGUAUGGUAAGCAUACAAUAAGAAAAAAUACUAACCUCUUAACUGAGGUUUCAGAGUAAGCCCUUUAGCUGUUGUUGUCCUAAGGACUGCUGUUCCUAAAAACUGACAGUCCUUAGAAAUGGAUAGGACCCAGAGGAUAAGGAGAAACUAUGGGUAGAUGGCAGUGUGAUACUAUUUUUUGACAUAUAAUAAUCCAUCCAGAAUUGAUCUUCGGUGGUAGCCUAUUUCUGCAAUUCAUCAUUGUUUUACAUGAUGUCAUUAAAAAAAUACUUGUGUCUUAUUAGUCUAAUUAGUCUUAUUAGACUAAUACAAACAGAUGAUAUUCUAAGUAUAUAUUUGGUUAAUAGGAAUUUUCAGGGCAAUUUUUAGAGCUAUUGAUGAGUUUCAAUACCUCCAUUUAGUGAAUGAAAGAGCUGUCAAUGUAAGAGCUGUCAAAAUCAGCUGGAUCUGCUAUUUUAAUUGUACUUCUCAACAGAGGCCAAUUUUUAUGAAAACAUGACAAAAGAACCAUAUGUUCUUGUUUGAAAUGUUACAAUUUAAGACCUUCAAAGCUACUGAAAGGAAUGCAGUAUAGUAAUCCUCACAGAUGUCAAAGCAAAGGUUUUAUUUAAAAGUAAACAAAAAAUGAAAAAUGAAUCUGCACUGUUGUUUUUAAUCCCACAAGUAUUUGAAAUAGAGAGGUUGAUGCUUUUCCUGCUCAGCUACUGCUCUGUCAAGACCACAGCUUCUUCCAUGGUUGUACUUUUAGAGGACAUUCUUACCUGCUUAGCUUACACAGCACACUUAAAUCCUUAGCUGCAAAAAUGCCAUGCUGUUUGAGCAAAUCAGUAGUGUCUAGUCAAAGCUGCUGCACAAUGUCUGUACAAGCAUCCAGUGCAAUGCUGCUCUUUUUAAAUUGCUUACGCAUCCCUGUGUGCGGGAACCAGAGCCUUACUCUUUUCUCCAGACACAGAGCAGGCGUGCCAGGCUCCCAAGACGCAAAUUCUGCUGCUGUUCGGUGGCGUGGGAGGAAACCUCCAUUGCCUCCCAGCACCAAACCUGAUCGUACAGAAUGUAUGUGCACAUGCUGGUCUAUAUGUUUGCACCUGUCUGUCAUUAGCCCAUAGUUAUUUUCGUGUAUUGAUUAAAAUAACUUCUAUGCUGUACUGGAAUUUUCCUGUGAAGGGAUACUGUCAACAAAAUAAUCUUCUGACUAAAGAAAGUGCUGCCUUAGUGCUAGACAAGACUUCUAGGGAUGGAGAAAAUUAAUUUUUCCAGCUUAUUUACCUAAUGAAUUUGUCAGCACUUUGUGUAUAGACAGUUUCUGCCUUUAUUUAUAUGAAUAUUUCUCCCCUCUUUUUAUGGAAAUUAAUUAUAAGAAAAUGAAAGACUGUGACUGUACGAAUGUUGCUAAGGGAGAUGGGGAGCAGCUGCAUCAAGGAAAUAUCCAUUUAACUAAUGAGAUGUAACAUGAAAUUAAAGGAAAGUCAUGGGGUAUUCUCAGUUGCUUCAACUGCGCAAAGCUUAUUUAUAUAUGUGUAUAGUUAAUGUCUUUAUUAGUCAGUGGCUAAGUAAGAUCACUAUAUGCCAGAAGUAAGAUAUUUAUUGUAUAGGCAAUCUUGAAAUUCCAGUCGCUUUAAUGGGACUUUGCAGAAACAGGCCACGUGAAGGAUAGCCAUGCUAGUUCCUACACAGGAGGCACGUGUGAAACAAAUCCUGAUUUUGUACUCAUGUUGCUGCACAAGUAUGUCUAUAUUUGCCGAUAAUGCAGCUGAAAACAUGAAAACAUAAGUCCAAUGAAAUUAGAUCACUGUUAUUGUUUUUUUUAACAUAGUUGUUAAUAUUGUAAAUUGUUCUGUGCAAAUAAUUAUAUGUAUUAAUAUAAAAUAUCUAUUACUGCAGAUAGGUUAUUGUAUCUUUUUUCUUUCAUUCUGAAAGAAAUCCUCCAAAUGUUAUAUUCACGAUGUGCCUUUAGAUAUAGCAAUUAUUUUUAUCUAAUUGGAUUUAGUAAGCCAAAGCAUAUUUAAGGGACAACAAAUCUCUUUGUUAUCCCUCAGGGAGACAUUACUGUUAUAAACCAUUUCUGUAUAAUCCUUAUAAAGUGUUCCUCUUGUGGUAUUCCAAAUCCUGCUCCUAAUUCUGCAAUAGGAAAUUUCAUCUGGUAGCUUAGAUUUCAUUGUCUGUUAUCCUGUAGAUAACUAUCUUGUUAAGAACUUGGCUUUUCCCUGCAUAACAAAUGCCAAGUAGAUUUCUCAAAUCUGCCAUGUUACAUGUUAAGGCUCUUUAUUUUACCUGCUAUAAGGGAGUUAUCAGUAAUAAACAUCAAUAUAGUGAUACAGCAUUACUUAGGUAGUUACUUACGAAUUUAACUACAGGACAGUUUAGCUAUGCCAUGCAGUAACUUCAAAUGAUACAAAAAAUUUGGAGGCAAAAUACAGUAAAGCUUUAAAAGAUAUUCUAUGUUUUCUUAGAUGAUGAAUGUACAAGUCUAGCCGCUUUUUCCCUAAAGUUUAUGCAAUGAUACAUCUUUUUUAAAGAAAUACAAUGCACAUUAUUUUCAUAGAGCUUUUAAGGAGUGCCAGUAUCAGAUGCACUGUAAGCAUCCCGAGAUAUUGAAAGCUAAACAAAAUGGGUGAAAUCUGUGACAGCGCAGGAAAUCUGCAUGGGACUGUGCAAUCAUUUUAAUCAGGUAUGAGACCUUUGAAAUUGAGAUGCAUUUUAUACAGUAGGAAUUCAAUUAAUGCGAUGGCUCACAUGUUACCUGGUUACACAAAAAAAGAAAACAGCAAAAAAGCACCCUUUAAUGCUCUUAGGCCCUAAUUCUUCCCAGACUUGCCAGGAAGUUUGUACAAAUGCUCACUGAAAGCACUGGGACUGUUCAGUGUUAAGCAAAUAUAUAACAUUUUACAGAAAGAGCAAGGGGUUAUUUGCAUAAUGAAGGAUCUUUAUAUUUGUUUUUAAUUUCCUCUACCUUUAAUGUUUCUUUCUGAUACAUAUUUUGAGAACCUCUACAUUUUAAACAGACCUUUCCAAAGCUAAAUAUAAUGACUUUACAAUCUCCUGAUCUGUUUUUCAUUUGAGUUUAGCAAUCAAACCGCUUAAUAUUACCCAAACUGAAGGGUUUCUGUGCAUAGACAUGCAUUAGAAAAAACUCUGUAUAUAUAUAUAUAAACAUUUUUAUUGUCAGUUGGACAAAUUCUGUUGUCUUUGUAUGUUUUCAUCAAGCCUUGUCCCAGGCAAGCUCCAACUUCACCAACAGAAGUUUAGUUGGAGUCAAGAUAAAGGACAAAAGGAUUUAAACCCAUAAUGUUUAGGAGGGCUUUUUUCCUCUGUGUUAACAGACAGUACAGCAUGAAAUAUAUGUUCAUCAUUUUUAAGAAUACUAGCGUUUAUAUCCAUGUUAACCCUUCUCUGUUUAUGUGUACAUUGUAUGAUCUGUACGUGUACAGAUUAUUUCUGCGUUACAUGCUGCUGUGCAUUUAGAACGUAGAUACGAUUAUGAUGCUACUUAAACUACGAAUUUAUAUUUCUUCAAAGCGCUCUAGCCUGAAUGCAGUCUUUUUUUUUUUUAUGAAUGUAAAAAUACACAUUCAGCAUAUAUGUAAGAAUACGGUGCUUUUUUUUUUUUCUUUUUCCACUCUAACAGCAGAAUUAUAAUCGGCAAUACUUGUAGUUACCUUAGUGGCAAAUCCCGAUGGAAGUUGUAUCGCUCCUUACGUCGUGUAAGAUGUGCUUCACGGGACAGCAACUGCGCAUUUGUUCUGUAUUUUUAAAAUAAAGCAGAGCAUCACUUGUA